AUGGACCAAAAAGAAAAUGCAAUUGACAGAGACAUUCAGCUGUCUGUGAUUCUUCCUGGAGAGGUGAUCAAGACUACUAAUAUUAACGGCAGCAAACCAAUGAUGGACUUAUUGGUAUACCUUUGUGCACAAUACCAUUUAAAUCCUGCAAGCCACACUAUUGAUCUGAUGUCACCUGAUAAGAAACCAAUCAAAUUCAAACCUAAUACACCUAUUGGGAUGCUUGAAGUUGACCAAGUGAUUUUAAAGCCAAAACAAAUGGAUAAGAAAAAGCCUAUUCCUAUCAUCCCAGAG